AUGCAAAAGAGCGUGUGGAAGGUAAGAACCAUCGUUGACGAACACAACCACGAGCUUGCCCCAGCGAUUUUUACAAAUCUCCUUCCUAGUCAUCGAAAGAUGAGCGAAGGUGACAAGGCACAAGUGGAUAGUUUCAAGCAAUUUGGGAUCCCAACCUCGAAAAUAAUGGCUUACAUGGCAGGGCAAUCUGGUGGGUAUAGUAUGCUUCGGUUUACAAAACGGGAUUUGUACAAUUAUGUUCACGGACAGCGGCUUGCGCGAAUAUCGGAUGGGGAUGCAGCAGCCACUAUCGGUUACUUAGAGGGUAAAGCGAACGUGGACAUGAUGACCUCGGCACACUACACACGGACCCCGGAUAAUCGACUGGGCAGCCUAUUUUGGGCUGAUGGGGAGAUGAUGGCGGACUAUCAGCUAUUCGGUGAUAUUUUGGCCUUUGAUUCUACGUAUCGUGCUAACAAGUACAGGAAGCCGAUGGUGGUAUUCUCUGGGUCAAAUCACCAUAAACAAACAUCCAUUUUUGGGUUCGCGUUGCUUGAGGAUGAAGAGGUUCGUACUUACCGGUGGGUGUUAUUGAACCUGCUGGAUGUGAUGGGACAUAAGAAGCCUUGUGUAGUAGUCACGGAUGGGGACAAGGCGAUGCGAGCUGCGAUUGCAGAGGUGAUCCCGACCACGAAACAUAGGUUGUGCAGUUGGCACCUUGAGAAGAAUUACGUCCAGAGGGUUAAGGAGACAGAAUUCCGCAAGGUUUUUCAGAAAGCGCUGUAUGCCAACUUGGAUAUCAAUGAGUUUGAGGAGUAUUGGAAGACGGCGGUUGAGUCGCUUGGCCUACAAGAUAACAUCUGGGUUCAGAGCACAUACGAUAGUAGAGAAAGCUGGGCAAUGGCCUACCUGAGGGGCACAUUCUGUGCGGGAUACAGGACUACCUCAAGAUGUGAAGGGAUCAAUGCUUUUGUUAAGGGUUUUCUUAGAUCAACUGAUAGCAUUUUGGAACUUGUACACAGUUUAGAUCGAGUUGUAAAAGACUAUCGGAAUAAUGAAGUAACAGCCCAAUUCUAUUCCACCUAUUAUACUCCUGUGCUAACGACUGGACUUAAUUCGAUCGAGCUUUUUGCUUCGAAGGUGUAUACACGAGCGGUUUUCAGAGAAGUGAAGAAACAAAUAAAAGGUGUGGCGACGCUAUUGUUUCGGGGCAGGGACAGCAUUAGCACGACGUGUGUGUACAAGUUUUCGAAGAUGGGGAAACCUAAUAGGACAUACAAGGUGUUGUAUGAUCCGAACGAGGAAAGGAUUGAGUGUGAAUGUUCAAUGUGGAACAGUGAGGGGAUUCCCUGUAGUCAUAUAUUCUGUGUGAUGAAGUAUGAGGGCUUGGAAAAAAUACCUGGCGGUCUUAUUUUGAGCAGAUAG